AAACUUACAGAUAUCUACAGCGAGCCGGAUCGAAACAGUGCUCGGACUUUAGGCGGAUCCAGGAGCAGAAUGUCAUCGCCGAUGGUUACUGGCAACUACGUUGCUAAACUGAACGAGUUUGCACAGAAGUCCGGCUUGGUGCCGCGCUAUGAGGAGCUUGAGUCCGGUGGUCCUGAUCAUGAUAAAAGAUUUACCCAGAGGGUGGUUCUGGAUGGUAAACCCUAUCCCAGUGGUGCAGGGAAGACAAAGAAGGAAGCCAAGCAGAAUGCAGCUCAAAAAGCCCUGCGAAGUUUGUUUUCGGAUGAACAUCAGGACUCAGCUGACUCGACUGAAAAUGCAGCAGAAGCUUCGGCACCAGUUGAGCAGAAAAGUAUCAACUACAUAUGUUGGCUCAAUGAACAUGGUCAGAAGAACAGACUGAAUAUAAAGCCUGUGGAGUCAACCAGACCCGGUCCAAAUAAUACUAUCUACUGCUGCUUCUUCAUUGUUGGUGAUAAGAAGUAUCCAGAGGUCUGUGGGAAAACAAAGAGGGAAGCUAAGGAGCUCGCAGCCAAGCUGGUAUAUGAUGACAAAUGUGGCAGUAGAACUACAGAGCCUGCAGAUGAGAAUUGCAACUAUGCAUCAGGUCAACAAAACGGCGAAUUCAGUCAAAAUGUUUUUGGUGUCUGUGAUGGGACAAGAAGCCUGAGUGUGAAGUCUAAAGACAACAGCUUUAAAGAGACAAAUUUCAUAGGCAUUAUUAACAGCUACUGUCAGAAAACAAACCGCCACCAUACAUUUAUGGAAGUCGGAAGAUGUGGCCCGUCUCAUAACUUCAAAUUUUUCUACAAAUCGGUCAUUGACAAGAAGGAAUACCCUGUUGGUGAGGGUAAGACUGUCAAGCAGGCCAAACAAAAUGCAGCCCAGCUGGCCUGGGAUGCUCUUCAGGAACAGUCAGACUGGGACAGCAAGGUGUCUGUCAAGUCAACAGCGUCAGAAGACGGUGCAUCAUUAGCACCAUCAACUACAUGGGACUCCAAUGAAUCAUCGUCACAUAACAUGCACACGAGUGCAAGUGACUCAGUAGUAUUCGCUGAUUCAUCAAACCCCUCCAGGGGCCAGAAUGCUGUCACAAACGAGAGAGUGGAAAAUAGCACGAGUAAUGCAACAAACAAGUCAAGAUUUCAGUCAGAUUACGAUUCUAUAGAGCCUCUUGGCAAAGGAGGCUUUGGUCAUGUUUACAGAGCAAGACACAAACUCGUGGGCAAGUUCUAUGCUGUAAAGAUUGUCGACGGUGAAGAAAAGGCUCUGCGAGAGGUGAUGGCAUUAUCAGAACUCCGUCACAGUAACAUUGUUAGAUAUGACGAUUGUUGGAUGGAGGAUUCAGAAUACAAAGACAGCAGCUACAGCAAGUCUAAACCUACAAGUAGUUCAUCCCUACAGUACCUCUACAUUAGGAUGGAGUUAUGCGACACCAAAACACUUAAAAAGUGGAUUGAAGAGGAGAAUGACAAACCUCUGCAAAACCCCAAGAGAAAGGAUGAAAGUCUGCUCUUUUUGCAACAAAUAGUCAGUGGAGUUGAGUACAUUCACUCCAAAGACCUCAUACACAGGGACCUUAAGCCUGCCAACAUCAUGUUUGGACAGGAUGGAGAAGUAAAGAUCGGGGACUUUGGUCUGGUCACUGAUGGUGAUGAAAACAUGGAGAGAACCAUAUAUACAGGAACCCCAUUUUACAUGGCUCCUGAGCAAAGGACUGAGAAGUAUGAUCGGAAAGUGGACAUGUUUGCUUUGGGACUGAUAUACUUUGAACUCCUUUGGAAAGUCUCCACUUUCUCUGAAAAAGCAAAGAUUUGGGAUGACGUCAGAAGUCAGAAGUUCCCCAAAGAGUUUUCACAGACUUUUCCCCAAGAGAGCCACAUUAUUAAGUCAUUGCUGUGUAAGAAGCCGCAAGACCGACCUGAAGCAGCAGCACUGAAGGCAGAGCUGCAAAAUGUGCUCAGAUACUCAGGGGACAAAGAAAUAGCCAUGACAGUGUAAAUGUCUGAUUGUGAAAGAGAAAGCCUGUCAAACUUCAAAGGCUCUGCAGAAAUCUGUGUCUUCUGAUGUCUUUCCUUUAAUGCCAUAAUUUGAUGUACUGUUGUGUUGUAGGGUUUUUAGGACAAUUGUUAAUGUAUUGCUGUUACAUGUGAUGGAUGGCAAAUCAUGAACCAUGUAAUUCAAAACAGUCUCAUGGGAUCAAGGAAUGAAAAAUGAAAUCAGUCUAUCAUGAUUUUAAAAAGUAACUUUUACAUUAAUUCGCAUGGGUCUCUGUUUCUAUUGUCAUUUUUGUAGCUGUUUUUAAUUUGAUUUGUUGCCAUCCUGUAAAGGCAGGAACAUUUUAUAUCGGAGCAUGCCUUCAGGGUUCUGAAAACACUGUACAGUUUUUCUAAACACACACACACACACACACACACACACACACACCAAUGACGGUUGGAGCUGCUGUUCAAGGUGCUCGCCUGUCAUCGGGACCAACUUCAAUUCAGUGUCUUGCCCAAGGAUACUGUGGCUUGUGGAGGGGCUGUGGAUCGAAUCACCAAUCCUGGACUUGGACCCUGAUGAGAUACUGUUCAUGAACUUUUUUUUUUCCAUUUUACUUGCAAUAUAAAUCAGACACAUACAAUAUAUAUCAAUGGAAGAAGGACCAUGAAUACUAUAUUCCAUUUAUGCUGGUUGAAAGAUAUUUGAUUGUGUAACACAAAGUGGAUAACCUUUUAUCCUAUUUGAACAAAAACAGAAUAAAAAUGUUCAAACUAAA